UAUGAGUAGAUGGAGGGAAAAUAUGCCGCUUGGUUGCUUUAUAGAAUAUGAGUAGUUGCUGAAUGGGGAAAUACACAACCUUGAAGAGAUUCUUUUUACUCCGACCACGCCAAAAACCCUUUCCCACGGAAACCUCCCAUUUUGGGCUUUCUCUCCAAUCCUACCUCACAGUCUGAAGAGGCUUAACACUGGAGUGAGGUAAAGAAACUUAUGAUCACAUCUUUCCCUGGACCUAGGUCGUGCAACUUUUUUUAGCGGGAGUCCAUUUGAUCAUUUUGAAUAGAACGGCAAAGCUUAUGCUUCUUACCAGGCCAGCAAUGCUUGCAUUUUCCCAGACUUUGUUUUGACUUUAGUAAUCUCAGGAGAAUUUUAGGACAAUGGACUGCGUUUUAGCGCUGCCUGCCCAGAAAGAACGAAAUGUGAUCGAAUCGGAAAGGAAGAGAGGGUCCAAGAAACGUAAGCCUCAUCAAGGUGACAUCGAGGAGAAGGUUGAUUCUGAUUUGUAUUCUUAUGGAUGUGACAUUGGAUUUGUAGGAGAUAAGUUGCUGUCAGAUGGAAAGAUUCAAUCCAAGCAAAAGAUGAAGAAAACAGUUGAGGAUGAGCAGCAGGAAAAUGCAAAUGACACUGAAGCCAGUAAAUUCAUACUCAAGAGGAGUGAGCCUCACAUUUACAGCAGGGAGAAGAUUGAUCAAGAAUUGUGCAGUUAUGGCUGUGGUAUUGGAUUUGUUGAAGAUAAGCUGCUAGAAGAGGGAAACAUUAAAUCCAAGGACAAGAAGAAGAAGAAAGUUGUUGACCAUAGGCUGCAGGAGGAUGACUUUGCCCUUGGUUUUGUUGAAGAUAAGCUCUUGGUGGAUGGAAUUAUUAAAUCCAAGGACAAGAGGAAGAAGAAAUUUGCUGAUAAUAAGUUGCUGAAGAAUGGUGAUGAUAUUGAAACCAACAACUUCAUACUAAAGAAGCAUGAUCUUCAAGGUGACAGCAGGGAGACAAUUCAUCCUGAUUCGUGUUUUCAUGGCUCUGACAUUGGAUUUGUUGAAGAUAAUUUGCUGGUAGAUGGAAAGUUUAAAUCCAGGAAAAAGAAUAAAACAAAAAAAGCUGUCAAGGAUAAGCUGAGUGAGAAUGGGGAUGAUGCUGAAACCGGUAAAUUCUUACUCAAGAUGCGUGAUUCUCAGAGUGACUACAUGGACACUGUUGAUUCAGGGUUUUGCUGUUAUGCCAAAUCAUUGGAUAAGGAAAGCAAGUCUUAUCCGAUUGCUUUACCUGCCUUUGGACGGUUAUUAGGGGAUAAACUGGAGGAAGAUGGUUGUGCGGUACAGAAGAAUCAGCUGGGACGUGAAGGUUAUGUUGAUUCUGUUUAUUUGUCUGCUGUUUCUAGAGAUAUCUUUGAGGAUAAGCUGAAUGAAAAUGGAAAUGAAUUCAAAUCCAUUGGUAUUAAAUCCGAGAAGAAAAAGUCUAACAGCCAGAAAACUGUUUCUGAGAGUACCAAAGCUAGAAAGGUUUCUCCUUACUUUCAGAUUGAAAAUGUGAAGAAGACUGUUGAAUUAGACGCACCUGAUAAUGGUGAAAAUGACUUUGACAUUGUUGCUUCAGUGGGUACUUGUAGAUAUAUGGUCCAAGACAGGGAGGAGGGGAACAAAGAUAAAAUUGCCAUUGCGAAGAAUAAAUCCAAAUGCAAGUGUAGAUACAAGAAGCUUUUAUCUGUUGAGCAUGAUCCAAUUCAAAAAAAUUCACCUUCCAUUCAAAGUGACAAUGAAAAGAAGGUUAAUGCAUAUUCACGUUGUUGUGAGACUGAAUCCAUUGCUUCACCAAGUAUUGGUAGUAGUUUCCUUGGAGAUAAGACGCUGGCGGAUGGAAAUGAAAUGGAAAAUGGAACAACUAAAUUAAAGAAGGUCAAAGCUUUCCGAAAUAAGUUGCGAGAGAAUGGAAAUGACGCUCAAACUAGAAAUGUUAAUUCCAUGAAAACAGACUCUGUGAUACAGAAUAAUACAACCCUUCGUGUUGAAUAUGAUUCCCAUUUUUUUCAUAAUGACAUUGCGGAGAUGAUUACAGGCAAUUCAUUGAAUAUGAAAAGCAGAUCUGAGUCCAUUGCUUUACCUGUCUGUGGACAUUCCAUUGAGAAUAACCUGGAGGGAGAACUUGGUGGGGAGAAGAUCAAACAACAUGGACUUGAUAGUUGUAUUGAUCCUCUAUUGUUUACAGUUGCUUCUGGAGACUUUGAGGAAUGGCGUGAAAAUGGAAAUGGAAUUGGGACUCUUAAAGUUGAAUCCCAGAAAAAAAGAAAAUUCAGUGGUCAAAAAACUGCUGCAAAGCAUGGCAAGGUUCCGAAGGUUUCUCCUUAUUUUCAGAAUGACAAGAAAACAGUGAAUGUUGAAGCGCUUGAACAUGAAAAUGAUUUUUAUUCUAUUGCCAACUCUGGUGAUAACAUCGCAAUUGAAAAUUUUAAAUUCCAAGGUAAGAGAACAUCCGCAACGAACAAGACAGUGGAGCAUGUGCAAGUUCAAAAGGUUUCUCCUUUUUCUCAAAGUAACAAUGGGAAGAAGGUUGAUCAUUCUGGAGACUUUGAGGAAUGGUGUGAAAAUGGAAAUGGAAUUGAGACUCUUAAAGUUGAAUCCAAGAAGAAAAGAAAAUCCAGUUGUCAAAAAACUGCUGAGAAGCAUGGCAAGGUUCCGAAGGUUUCUCCUUAUUUUCAGAAUGACAAGAAAACAAUGAGUGUUGAAGCGCUUGAACAUGAAAAUGAUUUUGAUUCUAUUGCCAACUCUGGUGAUAACAUCACAAUUGAAAAUUUUAAAUUCCAAGGUAAGAGAACAUCUGCAAAGAACAAGACAGUGCAGCAUGUUCAAGUUCAAAAGGUUUCUCCUUUUUCUCAAAGUAACAAUGGGAAGAAGGUUGAUCAUUCUGGAGACUUUGAGGAAUGGUGUGAAAAUGGAAAUGGAAUGGAGACUCCUAAAGUUGAAUCCAAGAAGAAAAGAAAAUCCAGUUUUCAAAAAACUGCUGAGAAGCAUGGCAAGGUUCCGAAGGUUUCUCCUUAUUUUCAGAAUGACGAGAAAACAGUGAAUGUUGAAGCGCUUGAACAUGAAAAUGAUUUUGAUUCUAUUGCCAACUCUGGUGAUAAAAUUGCAAUUGAAAAUUUUAAAUUCCAAGGUAAGAGAACAUCUGCAAAGAACAAGAUAGUGGAGCAUGCUGAAGUUCAAAAGGUUUCUCCUUUUUCUCAAAGUAACAAUGGGAAGAAGGUUGAUUUUGGAUCAUGUUGUUAUGACAGGGAGAUUGGAUUCAGUGCCUUAUCUAGUACUGGUGUUGAUUUCCUUGAAGAUAAGCUGCCAGAGGAUAGAGAUGUAAGUGAAAGUCUGGAAGUGAAUGGAAAUGACACUAAUGCUUAUGUUAAUACCAAGAACAUGAAAUUUGUGGCUCCGAAAACUGUAGUCCAGGUUGGUGUUAGAUAUGUUUCCCCUUAUUUUCAGAAUGACAAUGGGAAGAAGUUUAAUGUUCAGCCACUGAAAAAGGAAAUCAAGUCUGAAUCCAUGGUUAUACCUACCUUUGGAAAUUUAAUGGAGGAUAAACUGAUGGAAAAUAAUGCAGGGAAGAAUGUUAUACAACAGGUACUUGAAACUCAUGCUGAUUCUGUUGCAUUAAUAGCUAGUUCUGAAAAUUUAUCUGAGGAUGAACCUCAAAACAUUGGAAAUGAAAUUCAAACCUACAAAAUUGAAUCAAUGAAGGGAAAAUCGAACAGCACAAAAACAGCCCAGGAUCAUGCCAAAGCACGGAAGGUUUCUCCUUAUUUUCAGAAUGACAGUGAAAAGACAGUUAAUGAAAAAUUCCAUGGGCUUGAAAGUGACAUUGAUUCUGUAGCUUUAAUGGGUACUUGUACUUUUGGAGAUAAAAUUCCAAUUGAAAUGUUUAAAUAUGAAGGAAAUAGGACAUCUGAAAGGGAAGUGUCAACUGAGCAUGCUCAGAUUCAAAAGGUUUCUCCUUUCUUUCAAAGCAACAAUGUGAAGAAGGUUCGUGCUGAAUCAUGUUGUGCUGGUGGUAUGCUCCUUGAACAUAAGCUGCUGAGGGAUGGAAAUGUAAUUGAAAAUGGAUUGACUAAUAUCAAGAAGAAAACCAUUUCCAAUAAACGGCAGGGGAAUGAAAAUGAUACCAAUAGUAAAGUUAAACCCAAGAAGACAAAACCUCUAGUUCAGAAGAAUGUUGCCAAUGAUAUUAGAUAUGUUUCCCCUUAUUUUCAUAAUGAUAGUGGGAAGAAGAUUAAUGUGAAGACAAAACCUCUAGUUCAGAAAAAUGUUGCCCAUGCCAUUAGAUAUGUUUCCCCUUAUUUUCAUAAUGAUAGUGGGAAGAGCAUUAUCGUGAAACCUUUGCAUGAGGAAGGCAAGUUGGAAUCUAUUGCUUUACAUGCUGCUGAAAAUUUUGUGGAGGAUAAAUGGGAGGAAAAUAAAUCCAGUUGCAGUGAAAAAUCUAUUGAAAUUAAAAAAAAUCUUUCUGCCUCUGAGAAGUGGGACGAGGCUUACAAAAGAAAAACUCCUGAUAAUGCAUGGAAGCCUCCACGGUCUGCAACUGUUCUCAUUCAAGAGGAUCAUGCUCAUGACCCUUGGAGGGUGUUGGUCAUUUGUAUGCUUCUCAACCGGACUUCUGGUAGACAGACAAAAAAAAUUGUGUCAGACUUCUUCAAGUUAUGUCCGGAUGCAAAAACUUGCAUAGAAGUUGCAAGAGAGGAAAUAGAAGAGACAAUAAAGACUCUAGGUUUUCAACACAAAAGAGCAAAAAUGUUACAACGUCUCUCUGAGGAAUACUUGGACGAAAGCUGGACUCACGUAACUCAAUUGCAUGGGGUUGGGAAGUAUGCAGCAGAUGCAUAUGCUAUAUUUGUUAAUGGGAAGUGGGAUAGAGUGACACCUACAGAUCACAUGUUGAACUAUUAUUGGGAAUUCCUCCGUAGAAUCUAUCAAGCAUGAAUUGGAAUGAAAUUUCUAAUUUUGCUAUUUUUUCUGUCUUUUCUUUUCGUAUCAGUUAGAAGAGGGUUUUCCCUCUCUUUAUGGAACCACAAGUCUAAGUUUCCAAAUUGUAAUGUUUUGAGGAACAAUGUGCUAAGCAUGACCUACAACAUUUUGCAUAGGGCUUUUUAUU